AUGGCAAAAAUAGAGACUUAUGUAUUCUUUGAUAUUGAAACUACUGGGCUGCCUCAACUUGAACUGUGUAGAACGAAAAUCACAGAAUUAUCCUUCGUAGCGGUAUCGCGUGAGGAUUUAGUAACUAGUGAAACACUCCCGUUGAUGAAUAAACUCUCUCUACUUUUUAAUCCAGAAAGAAAGAUUCAACCAAAGGUAACUGCAAUAACUGGGUUAUCGAUAACAACUUUAAAAAAUCAACCAAUUUUUAAAAAUAGAAUACAAAUUAUAAAUUCUUUUUUGACAAGUCUACCAAAGCCAGUAUGUCUCAUUGCUCACAAUGGAAAUAGAUUUGACUUUAAAAUACUUCAAGCAGAAUAUUGUGAUGUUGGUGAACAUUUACCUAAUGAUUUAUUAUGUUUGGAUUCCCUAACUGGAUUUCGCAAAAUUAUAAAAGAUACUAAUAUAACUUAUAAAGACUUAAACUAUACAAGUGUUUGUAAUAAACAAGAUCGGCAGACAUCAUCACAGGAAGAUGAUGAAUUGCUAACUGAUGAUGAGGAUAAGUGGCCACCAUUAAAUACAAGUGCUGAAGAGUGGCUUGAAAUCGACAAGUUAUGA